AUGAAAUUCAUAGCGGCGGAAGAGCGCAAAGAAAACUACCUUCAUGUUCUUUUAAUUGCCACGGGAAGUGUUGCAGCAAUUAAGGUACCAUUAAUGGCUCAAAAACUGUUAACGUACGACAGAGUCAAGGUUGAGGUUGUAGCCACAGAAGCUGCCAUAAAUUUUAUCCAUAUGGACGAAAUUCAAGCUGCUGGGAGUAGAGUGUGGACUGAUUCCGGAGACUGGACGACCUGGAAGAAGGCUGGAGACCCCAUCUUACAUAUUGAGUUGCGCCGAUGGGCAGAUGUAGUACUAGUUGCGCCAUGCUCUGCAAACACUCUAGCCAAGAUCGCUUCUGGUCUGUGCGAUAAUCUUGCGACCUCCAUACUCAGGGCACUAGCACCGAGUACUCCGACUUUUAUCUUUCCAGCAAUGAAUACGCAUAUGUACGAGCACCCUUUGACCACCCGGCACCUGAAUAUAGUCAGUGAUGUAAUCGGCUAUACUGUUAUUGGCCCAAUCGGCAAGGCAUUGGCAUGUGGUGAUAUUGGAAUGGGAGCCAUGACCGAGUGGUCUGAUAUUGUCCAAUUAGUCGUAUCUCGCUGGUCACUUGUGCCUAAACAAUCUACGUCUGAAAGUUCGAGAACAUUUAUCCCAGCAAUUGUAGUUGAGGCUUCUACACAAACGCAAAAGCAGGCCGAUCUGAGCGCUGGCAUUCCAUCCUUGGAAGAGAUUGCACGCGACUAUCCUCCGAUGUUUACAUGGGAUCAAGUCAAAGACCAAGUCGAUUCUGGGGAUUUAGCUGCGCUUAAAAGACAUCCUGCGUUACAGCAACGUUACGAUAAAUGGAUUCAGCAGGUGAAGAUGAUCCACGGAUCAGUCGGCAAGUUUGAGAUUUACACAUUUAAUUAUGAUUUCUCUAAUGCCUAUAUACCUGCAUCCCCAGGCUCCCAUACCGAACCAACAUAUGCAGAUAAUGGAUCUGCUUUGGGUCAAUCGGAAACCGUAUCAGUCAGACCACUAACGCCAUCCGCGAAUAAUGGCAAAAGAUGGUUUACCGCUGACAUCGCGGAGCCAUUGGUCAAGAUAUUGCCAAAUGACUGGCCAUAUUCAGUGCCACCUGAAAUCCGGCAUUAUGUGGUUUGGUCUCGCUUGCCGAUCACACAUCCUGGAAUCGUGCCUGCUCAGAUUUGGGACAGAAUAGUGCAAGAUGGCUUGUGGGGGUUUUCAGGAUCAACGUAUAAGCCCAAGGGCUCAGGGGAUGAAUCAACCGACCAACUAGUUCGCCAGGCUGGCGCGGAAGUGCGGACUUAUGUAGAAGACAAGUGGCCAGCUGUGGAAUACGAAAUAGCCUGGUUCGUCAACCCUCCGCGACUGCAAAGUAUUCCAGGCCUUGCACACCUUCAUGUGUUUGCAAGAAAAAAGAGCGAUUAA